GAGAAAGACUUUGGAAAGUUAUAAAUAUUUACCCACCUACUUGGUACUUACAUAAGAUGCAAUACUUCCUCAAACCAAAACUCCAUUUCGUCAUCUAUCUACAUGUAGGACCUAGGUAGUCAACACCUAUCGCCCGAAUUCCUUAAAUUUCUGAGAUUGGAAGUCAUGCUUCCUCGUUUAUCCACGCGUCUUCCUCUAGCUAGAUACCAUAGGCUAUGCAUGAGGAAAUUUAGUGUUAGAGCUGAGUCGACCCAAAGAAUUAGUCUCGUAUUAUCGCCGAAAACCCCUAAACAAGCAGUCAUAGAAGCAUUAAGCAAGCAUUUCGAUCAUUCACCUAGAAAAUCUAUCAAUAUUUCGAAUGGUGGAGCUGCCGUUUUUGCUUCCCCUAACUUCGCAACUUGGCUAAGAGAUGAGGUUUUCAUAGAGGACUUGCUCAGAAUUCUCUUUAAUCAAGGUGAUAGCGAAAACACCAAAUGUGAAAGCCUCAGCGCUUUAUGUGCGGUAACGGAUGGACUCACACCAAAGAGACUAUUUGGUGAGCCCCAAACAGGCUUUUCCAUAUUAUAUGACUCAACAGACACCAUCUUACCCGAUUUACGGGAUAUUGAGGGUCUCCAACCAGUCACUGAUCAGGAUACGGAAUCCUCGGUCUCAUUCUUAUCAAAACCUCUUCCUGGACAUAUACGACCACUUGAAAUUACAUUGCCUUUAGCAAAUACAGUUUUCCAGACUGGAAGACGCACUACCUUAUUUGCAAGCCAUUGGCAACGCGAUAGACUUGGGAACUUAGGCCAUCCUCAAACAUUUAUGAAGCCGACACAGCGGAUAUGUCCCAGCACCGAUAUAUCUGACUGCAUCCGCCCUCAUAUUCCUCUACUACCCCUAAUACCCCCUCGGAAAAUUGUUGCCGGCUUUGGUAAUAUCGUUCGCCAGGUUGAAGUCAAUGGUUUUCCAACCCCUGCCUCAAAAGAGCUGGAAGAUCUCGUUCCAAAAAUAUUUGACAUUAGGUUUAAGCAGGAUGCCUCGCAUUCACCUGGACCUAUCGGGGUAUGGUGUUGGGUUUUACCUCCUCACGUCGUGGAGAAGUACGACCUUCUUAACUUUAAUGUCUUUCAAGUCGAAUCACCUCAAUCGGAAGUAAAGUUAACUUUUGAGAGCAUGGAUAUGUUCUCCGAGUUGAUAUCUUCCGGUUGUCGACUACAUAAAAUACUCAGCGGAGGAGGUGGCUGGGGCCUCAAACAGGGACUCCUUUCCCUUGACCCUGAGACGAAGUUCUCCCUACCAGAUCAAGAUGAUCAAGACGAUAUUGAAACAUUUAUCAAGGCAUUCGAAGAUAUUGAUAAUCCAAAUCCAUCCCAAGGUAUCGUGACCCCAGGUUCAUAUCUUAUGUUCUGUAUCGAACCACACUGGACAGAGAAAGAACUAGGAGCACUUCAGCACAUGACGCCAUUAACAGCCCUGGGUGUUGCUUCAAGUAGCGAUCAAGAGCCUGAUUCUGCAAACAUAUCAAAUGGCAUCGAAAUAAUCGAUAACCACUUUGGUGUGGUAUCGAAGACUGGUCUCUUCUUGAAAACUACGGCAUCACCGUAUGAGAUGAGCGAUAGCGAUGCGAGCGAGUCAACUGAACAGCCUCAGGUAUUCACAACGAAAGUUGACUCGCCCCGAGCUUUUUUCGUACUCUGAUGGGUUUAAACCUGUCUACCAAGAAAAUCAGCUAUAAAGUAGGUAUCAUUAGUAUCUUCUUCAUGC